CCCCAGACGCCAUGGAGGUGGCGCUGCUCUUCCUGUGCGGCCUGCUGGCCCCGGCGGUCCUGGCCAAUGCAGCUGAGCAGGAGAAAGAAAAGGACCCUUUUCACUGUGACUACCGGACACUGAGGAUCGGGGGAUUGGUGUUUGCUGUGGUCCUCUUCUCGGUGGGGAUCCUGCUUAUCCUAAGUCGCAGAUGCAAGUGCAGUUUUAACCAGAAGCCGCGGGCUCCAGGGGACGAGGAGGCCCAGGUGGAGAACCUCAUCACUGCAAAUGCAACGGAGCCCCAGAAAGCAGAGAACUGAAGUGCAGCCCUCAGGCACAAAGAACCUGAAGGCAGCUGCUUGAACCUUUAGAUGCAAAUGCUGAUGCUUAAGAAAACCGGCCACUUCAGCCACAGAUCUUUCCCCAGGAGAAGCCAAGAACUUGUGUGUCCCCCGCCCUCUCCCCAACCCCUAGACACCUGUCCUCAACUUAAUGAUGCAACCCCUGCCUCCCUGCAGCCUGUGGUCUCGUCCACCUCCUGUGACGUGUGUGUGUGUGUGUGUGUGUGUGUGUGUGUGUAUGUGUGUGUGUGUCUGAUGACUGUGGUCUUCAUGGCUGCUUGUUCGUGGAUGACACUGUAUUUUAGUGAACCUGGCCCCACUUUCCUGGGCAGGAGCUCAGCCAUGUGGCUGUCAGCUCGUCUCUGCUCUCCAUGGCCCCAUCACCUUCCAUUCCUGGGAGUCUGCUUUGUCCCUAAGAGACCAGUUCCUUCUCUUGAUUUAGGGGUGGA